AUGGUCAUACUCGCCAACAAUAAUCAGCAUCAACCCGGUACCCAGUUACGUUACCGACUACCCAUUUCCUGCUGUGACCAUAUGCAAUAUGAACCAAGCGCUCAGGAGCAAGGUAUCGAACUUCUCAAAAGAUCGCAAUCCUGUGAACGAAUGCUCCUUAAGUGUAAUUUUGGUGGCGUUGAAUACAAUUGUACGGAACUUUUUCAUCCAGUUAUAUUGGACGAAGGCCUAUGCUGCACAUUCAAUUCACUGGAUCAGGUCUACAAAUUUACAAAUAUGUCAAUGAAGUUUAAUUAUAACAAAACAUAUCCACCAAACGUCAAGCCUGUUGAUUGGUCUUUGGAAAAUGGCUAUCAGAACCCUCUACCCAAAUACUAUUCACCAAUGAAGGCCGUCGGCUCUGGACAAACGCUAGGGUUAAAUAUUAUUUUAAACGUAGAGAAAGAUGAAUAUUAUUGUUCGUCAGGGAAUAGUGUGGGUUUCAAAGUCGCAUUGGACAACCCCGAAGAAGAGCCAAACAUACCCGAAUCUGCUUUACUACUUGCACCAGGUCUUAAGUCAUCGAUUCGCAUUAUACCCACACAUCAGGAAGCAGAUCGAAAAUUACGCAAUUUGAGUCGGAACUAG